AACAAUAACAACAACAUUGCCUUAUCAAAACAAAUAAACAAAUCUGGAUUUGUUUUCUUACCGACAUCACGAUGUCAGAACAAGAGGUGAAUGAGAAAAUCUAUGACCAUCGCGUUCUCACCGAUUGGUCAAAUGUCAACAAUAAUACAAACGGCACCAUGCACUACUCCAAGGAUAUGAUCUUCAAUGAUGGUCAUCGUUUAUCGAUAACAGUUUACAGUAUUCUUUUUGUUAUCUCAACCAUUGGCAACUCGACGGUCUUGUAUCUGCUGACCAAGCGUCGCUUGCGUGGUCCCUCGCGUAUUGACAUCAUGCUAAUGCAUUUGGCAAUUGCCGAUCUGAUGGUGACGUUUCUGCUGAUGCCAUUGGAAAUCGCGUGGGCAUAUACGGUGCAAUGGAAAUCGACAGAUUUCAUGUGUCGCCUGAUGAGUUUCUUUCGUGUGUUUGGCCUGUAUCUAUCGGGCUUCGUAUUGGUGUGCAUAUCAAUUGAUAGAUAUUAUGCCAUCUUGAAGCCUUUGAAACUCUCAUCGAAUCGUGGUCGGAUUAUGCUGAUCAUUGCCUGGUGCAGUUCCGUAGUAUGCAGUUUACCUCAGGCAUAUUUUUUCCACUUGGAGGAGCAUCCAAAAGUGAGCGGCUACUUUCAGUGUGUGACGUUUCACUCAUUUCCCAGCGAAUUCCAUCACAUUAUGUACCAAAUUGCCACCAUGUGUGCCAUGUAUGCCUGUCCGCUGAUCACCUUUAUCUAUUGCUAUGGUUCGAUAUAUUUGGAGAUCUAUCGCAAGAGCCAGCGUAUAGUAAAAGGCAUUGAACGUUUUCGCCGUUCCAAUGAUGAUGUUUUGAGCCGUGCCAAAAAGCGCACUUUGAAGAUGACCAUAACCAUUGUAAUUGUUUUCCUUAUUUGCUGGACUCCCUAUUACAUUAUUGCCAUGUGGUAUUGGUUCGACAAGACAUCGGUGGAUAAGGUCAGUGCUCUAGUCAGCAAAUCACUAUUUAUAUUUGCCUGCACGAAUUCAUGCAUGAAUCCCAUUGUUUAUGGAGCAUUCAAUAUACGUGGAAGGAUUGGAAAUAAUGCGUCCACAAUGAGUAAUCGCCAUACCUCGCUAUACAAUCGUGGAGAUUCCUCGAAUCAAUUGCCCAAACAUUUGCUCAAUAUAAGUGAGAGUAGUGCAAAAACUGGCAAUACUACUCAAAUUACAAAUAUCGAUGUGUCGGAUGUACCGAUUAAUGGUAAUCACAAAAUUUCCGAGAUUUCAACAAAUGGCAACGAGGUUAUUAAUAAAAUUGAUGAGGUGUCGGGAUCACCGGUUAUAUGCAUAAAGUAA